AUGCAUCACAUUACCCCCCUGCUACUCACCCUGGUCAUCGCCGGCACAGCCCUUGAUGUGAGCCUUCGGACCGCUGAGGACAAAAGCGGCUCGUCUGAUCCCAUCGACUAUGGUGUGGCACGCAUGCGUGAGCGCGGCAGCGGCCCAGCCGAGAAUCUCAUAUUGCCCAUUGAUGCCAACCACGUCCCCGUCCAACUGCCGCACAAGUGA